CGUUGCAUCGACUGUUUGUGCGAUGCCCCCCCCUCCAUGCCAGCCGGCUCUCCCGCAGUCCGGCCAUGUCGUGGAGGCCAAACUCUUUUUAGCACCUGGCAUUUCCCGAGUGCUCCCACCUUUGGCAGCCUUGGGAGGAACAACUGUGUGUGUCUGCUGAGAGGGCUUCUGGAGAAACCCAGACCAGCAAAAUGAGGCUUUAAGAAGCAAAUCGAUUUGCCCACAAUCACAUAACUAGUGUUAGAGCACUGUGAUAGGUCCAUUUGGUCUAAUAGACCAGUCUGCUUACAUAUUCUGCUGAUGACCAGCUCAUCUGACCCUUUCACCUCCCUCCAACUCAGGGUGCUGAGGGGGAACCCAAGGAAGCCAAAGUCCUGGUCCUCAUCCAAGACUGUGAUCGGAAAAACAGACAACCAAGAAACUGGGAGCAAAGCCAAGAAGAUGUAGGUCACACAGCAGUGUGACUCUAAGGAACAGGGCUUUGAGGAGACGGCAAGGUACCCAGCCUGGCCAGUGUGGAGAACAUAAAAGAAAGCAGAGAAAGAUCAGACCAAAAAGCUCCUGGGCAGGGUGUGUGUGAGAGAGAGAGAGAGAGAGAGAGGCUGCCAUGGGCAGGCCCCAGGCUGGGCCGACUUACCAGCCGACCUUUUGGAGCUCCAGAGGAGGAGGAGACUGGGAGGGGAGAGAGUGUGGAAGAAGCUCAACCUCACUUUCCAGGUGACCGCGGGCAGGGUGGUGUGCCUUCUCCUGCCCAGGUCCAUUUCUGCUACCACCAUUGGUGGCCACAGAAGGAACUGGACAGAGGCACCUGUAAUGUGGUGAGCCAUGCCUGGCCGGCGUUCCGGACAUCCUCGCCCGCCAUCCUGCCCUGCUCGGCCAGGCCAGGCCUCCCCAUGGGAGCGGCCAGCAGGUAUCUCUCCCCGAGCGGUCUGUCUUGAGGUGUACGGUGCAGCUACACCCCAAGUCAAGCCAAGCCGCCGGCCGGCCCAGCCAGCCACACCCCGACGGGUCCGCCGGCCCGGCCCCAAAGACCCCGGCGCUCGAGAGUCGGAGAGCGUCACCUUCAUCUCUGGCUCAGCCGAGGCCCCCCUGGACACCACGACCUGCUGCCUCCCCCGACCGUGGGUGUGGAACUUAUGCAAGGCUGUAUUCUGUUUCCGCCGCUGUCGGGCCUGCUAUCAGCGCUGCGGGGGUUGUAUGCGCAGCUGUGAGGCCUGCCUGCCCUCCCUGGGCCCUCCAGAGAGCUUUCCUGAUGAGGGCUGGGGUAAGGAACACAACGGCGGCCCGCCCCCCAACAGCCCGGCCAUUGCCCCUCCCAGCCGGCGAGACAGAGAGAGGUCCAAGUCGCCCAUUGGCAGCAGCUUCAGCUACCCCGACGUCAAGCUGAAGGGCAUCCCCGUGUACCCGUAUCGGGGUGCGCCAGCCUCCCCCCCAGACGCUGACUCUUGUUACAAGGAGCCGCUGACCGAGCAGCCGCCCCGAGACAGCCUGCCUGGGACCUUAGGCGGGAGCCUGCGGAGCUCAGAGGAGUAUUACUCCUUCCACGAGUCAGACCUCGACCUCCCCGAGCUGAGCGGCGGCUCCAUGAGCAGCCGGGAGAUUGACGUGCUCAUCUUUAAGAAGCUGACGGAGCUGUUCAGCAUGCACCAGAUCGACGAGCUGGCCAAGUGCACCUCGGACACAGUGUUCCUGGAGAAGACCAAUAAGAUCUCCGACCUCAUCAGCAGCAUCACGCAGGACUACCACCUGGACGAGCAGGACGCCGAGUGCCGCCUGGUCCGUGGCAUCAUCCGCAUCAGCACCCGCAAGAGCCGCAGCCGCCCGACCACCGCCUCGGAGAGCCGCCUGAGCCGGGGCCCCGCCCCUGACAGCGGCACCGACACCAUGGUGGCCUCAGUGCUCAGCCAGGACGAGCUGACUGUGCAGAUCUCCCAGGAAACGACGUCAGAUGCCAUCGCCCGGAAACUGAGGCCCUACGGAGCUCCAGGUUAUCUGCCAAGCCACGACUCCUCCUUCCAGGGAACUGAGACAGACUCCUCAGGGGCACCCCUGCUCCAAGUGUACUGCUAGCCCCUACCCCAGCCCUCGGGGGCCUCCUGGGACUGCAGGCAGGACAGAUGGGCCCCCACGAACAAUUCUUCUUCCCCCUUCCAGUGGGUCACCUUCUAAGCAGGUCUGGGGAUGGACUCACACCCUAAAACCAGGCUGCAGGCUCUGGACGGUAAUGCCUUUGGAGGUGUGACCACCCUCACCACCCUUCCAGCGGCGCACCCACUGUUUACCCCCUUCCCCACACCUCACAUUAAUUUCCUGAUUCCAUGAAGUACUAGGUUUCAGAGCCUUUCCCCUAAUCCCCAAGGGCUUUUCUCUCCAGCUCUUCAGGGGAGGGAUUUCCAGGGCCCUGCAGGCUCCAAGGGCUUUCUGCUUUCCUAGUGAAUGGGUGGGUUUCGUGCUUUCCUUUUCGUCUCUCCUUCAACUAGGAAGCCCUCCCCAGCCUUUCUGGGUGACAGGUUCAUUUGGGAUUAUGUGACUAUGGCUACAGAUCCGUAUUACUGGUUACACUUCAACUGGUUGCUCUUAACUCAUGAAAGCCUGCGUCUUCUGUGAUCAAGAAGCUUGUAUGAUAUUAAUAAAGCUGUUGAGACAAUUCA